UUGGCCAAUAAAUUUUAAACAUAUUUAUUGAUUCACUUACCAAAUUUCAACGAAAUCCGAGUUUUGGUCGCGCAUCGGAUUGACCCAUUUAUGGUUUCAGGUAGUUUCUCUAUUGCUUUUAAAAUUUCAAUACUGGUGGAGUUGUUCUCUACUGCGUUAAUAAAUUCUCUUAUGUCUUUUUCUUCUUUUUCUCCAUCCAGACGUAGAGCGUAUUUGUUGGUUUAGGCAACUAAGGCUUCGUAUGUAGUGAAAGGUUUGUAGCGGACUUUGUUUCUAAGAGUUUUGUCUAACCUUUAAAGAAAUUUUUGUCGCAGCAUUUGCAGUCGUGUUGUUUCAUCAGUUUUUGUGUCAUCUUCCCCCUUGGGGUAUCCAUGUUCAAAAAUAUUUUUGAGGCGGAAACCAUAAUCAAGAAUAGCUUCGCCUGGAUGUCGUUUUACUUCUUCAAGUUGGGUUUGGAAAAAGUCUUGAUUUUCGUUUCCAUGGAAACGUUCUUGUAGCAGCCGUUUUACUUCUUUAUAAUCUUGAGUGACGCUUUCUAGGAUAUUUUGUAGAAUAUCAUGAGCAGAGCCGGCCAUUUUGGUCACCAACAUAUUCAUUGUUUCUUUUUCGUUCCAGUUUGACAUAGCGACAAUAUUUUCGAACAGUUUAAUCCAGCGGUCAAAACGAGUUGAUGGUCCUCCUGUAAAAUUUUGAGGUUGGAUGAGCAUAGUUUGCGCGUGUUGUCCUUUUUGUAAUUCUUGCAGAUCUCCUAUCGGAAUGACAUUUGUCACCAAUGAAUACUGAAGUGGAUCCAUUUUUAUUGUUUGUUUUCUGUGGAAUUACUUGUUGUUUUCUGUUGGCGUCGUUUGCGCGACGGUUGGCACUGGCUGCUUUGUUUUGAUUGAAGUUGCGUUAAGUCUCCGCGUGGUGGUGUAUGUGGCGUUGUGUGGAAUUUGCUGGCUAUCUCGUUUAUCUUUAGUUUGUUUUGAUUUUUCUCCGCCAGAGGGUGGUUGUGUGAAUGCCUGCUGUACUGUGAGAAUGAGGCUGAGGCUUUCGCAGCUGCUUUGACUUGUACUGUGUUGUCGGAUGAUAACGUUGGCGUAAAAGUGCGCUGGUCUCCUCGUUUGAUGAGGACUUUUAGCUGCUGUGCCGUGAAUUGUACCGUGUUCAGUAUUGCUUCCGGAAGAUCCGCUAGGUUUUUCAGGUGUGAGAGGAGAUUUAAAACUAGUUGGUGGGUUAGGUCUGGAACGGCUGCAAGGUUGACUAGGCGCCGUAGUAGGGAUGGGAGUUGAAGAAAAUCGUUGAUGAAUGUCGUUGAGUGAGCCUGUGCAAAUUUUUCUACGAGGCCCAAGGAUAAGUGACGGAGAAUGCCGUGAGGAAUUGGAUGCUAUUUCUUCCUGCUGCUCUGAGUCUUCGCUGGAGUCAGCGUCUUGAUGAAGUGUAUGAAUGAAGUAACGAUUGGCUUCGUUAAAAAAUUUGAGGGUCGCUGUCUGAUUUUUUUAUGUAAGCUCCGUGUAGUCCAUCAAGCAAUCGACAAAGAUUUUGAUAAUUGUUGCUGACAACGGCCGUAAGGGGCGUGUGUGGUCUAACGGUUGAUUUAGAAGGGAGUGAAUUUCGUCUAGCAAGGGCAAUAGGUUGGGCAAUGGUUUUAACGGUUUCGGGUCUGAUUGUUGGAUAUAAUUGCUGAUUGAUUUUAAUUGCGCUAUCAGAUAAUUUUGUUCGUAAACCGGUAAAAUUUGUUUGGAUUGUAAGGCUUUCUUGAGUGCAAAUAGGGCUAGACGUAAAUGUUCUACAGGUAAUGGGGAAUGCGGUUGGUAAUUGACAGGGUUUGUUAUUGACGGCGCGUGCUUCACAUAUAUCUGUAGUAUCGACGCGUUGAUGUUCAUUUAAUGAGCUAAGCAAAGUGCUGUCAAAAUUAAAGUUGCUAGAAUUAUGUGAGGGUAAAGGUUCCUGAAUUAAAUUUAUUUAUUUCAGUGGCUGUCGGCUGAAUUGUAAAGGUUAUCGUAAGGUCAUUAACUACAGGUAGGGAGGAGGGGAGUUGUGGAGAGGAGCCCUGUAAUAAAGCGCGUGGUGGUUUUUCACUGUCACUUUCAAAAUCUGAAGUAGAUGGCGACUGCCGAAGCCAGUGAAUAGUGCGAGCAAGAAGUGAAGGACUAUUACUAGAUGCCUUAAUAUCUUGCCAUUUAAAAGAUUUUGGUUUCCUAAUAGUUUUAGAAUUUUUUAACCUAAGCUGUAAUAACUUAGUUGUUUUAAGGCUAACAGUUGAACGAGUGGAUCUCUUUUGGUGAGGAGAUGGCUCAGAUAAAUCAAGAUUUACUUUAGAGACAGGUGCAGAAGUAAGGUUAUCAAAGGUGGGCAAAAUAGGUUCAUAUCCGUGACGGACAGUACUCUUUAUUGGUUUACUAAAAAUUUUAGGCUUAGCACCCGUAUACAAUGACAUUGUGGAUAAGUUCAAAUACCGCUGCCACCAGAUGUAAAGGGAUCAUGAAUUUACUCAUUCUUCCCUUUACGGAAUAAUUAAAUUAAAAGCGGUUUAAAUAAAUAAAAAGGAGACGGCUGAUCCACAAUGCAAAUGUAUUGGUUACUAAGUCUAAGUCUACAAUUAUAAGUGAAAUGAGGUGUGACAUACCAAUUGGGAACAGUUGAACGAUGGGAGAGGGAAUACCUGGUUCACCGAAUUAAGUUAACUGAACUAAACUGGUACUUUAAACUGGGUCUCAGAGCUCGGUAGGAGCUGCAAGGUGCUCAAGAGGAACUAAAGGAAUUAACGAGCUAGACAGAGCUAACGGAACUGAGCUAUGAGAGAAAAGUCACGGCCUUUUAUAUGGAAAAGAUGCGGCCGUGACCUGAAUAAAGAAAACAAUAGGGAAAGAAGGCUCCGUGCAAAAGCCAUCCCCCGACUCGAGUUGACAGUUCUGUCAACUCACUUUACUCACACUUAUUAAAACUAUUUCUAUAUCUACGGUUAUUUAUGCAUUGUGAUCUUAAUCUAAAAAGGGGUUGAAUGUUCUGGCACGUGCGGUGCAGGUGCAUGAAUAUUCUAGGCGUGGGAACAGGUAAGAAGAUGUUCGAGGAGCUUCCGGCUAGACGAGAGUGCUCCCGUGUUAGUCAGCUGAUGUAAGAAUAUGUCUUCGGGCGGCGCAGGUGUCUUUUAGGGAGUCGAUGGGAAAAAGGUCUAUUCUGUUGCUGCUUGCAGUCUUAUGGUAGGUUCAAGUGGAGGCUGUGUGACGAGGGAUGUGGGGGAGAUGAAUUGGAGAAGCCAUGCUUGCAGAAUGGAAAUUCUGUUACACAAAGAUGGGGCAUCAAUCUUGGAACGGACAAAAAGGGACAGAAAGAAUAGUCUUUUGAAACCUUCUUCGCACUUGUUUUGCUGCAUGCAGAGGAAGUGGCACACUAAUUACCUGUGUCCCAGCGAGGAAGAACUGGAGGAGCUAUACUGUUUGUCACUAGGAAUCAAGUCAAUAAAAUACUACAAAGAAUGGAGCAGCAAGGUCUUAUCUUCUGAAUUAGAGAAGAUUUUCCAAGAGCUGUCAAUCUGUGAAGGUUAUUGCCUGUGCAUGAAGAGUGGGAAAUUUUUGAAACUGGUACAGAGUACUGUCCCCGAUUGCAAGUCACUUAAGGGAAUUUUCCCUAAGAUGAUUUACCUCAUUCCCAUGCAAAGUAAUCUAAUAGGAAGGCCAGAUCCCAAUGUAAAGAUUUCAACAAUUCAAUGCAAAGAAUGUGGCAAACUCGUGAACAGAGUUCAUUUCCUUACUCACCUUGCUGAUUUAUGUUAUGAUGAAACUCCAUUGAAGGAUGGGAUUAAAUACGGUCGUCCUGUUGUAAGUGACGAGACAAAAAGUUUGUCGCCAAUCAUAGACGGAAACGAGAUUAGUAAUGGUGAUGGAGAGGUAGAAAUUGUAACCCCCAAAACAAAUUUGAGGCGUCAUGGAUCUCAAUUAUCUCUACCUACAUCAGAUACCGGUGAUGUCAAUGCGUCUCACGUUGAGGAAGCCUUGGUUACAAAAAGAAACCUCUCGCCGGAAGGAAAAAAUAACCAUCACUGGGAAAAUAGUAGGUCUCCAUCUGUAAAAAGCCGCUCUCAACACGAAAGCAUCCCACGAUACUGUAGCCGUUCUCGUCGCCGUAGCCAUUCCCGUCACCGUAGCCGUUCUAGUCACCGUAGUCGUUCUCCAUACCGAAGCCGCUCUCACUACCGCAGCCGUUCUAAUCGACGUAGCUGUUCUCCAUAAGGAAGCCGCUCUCACUACCGCAGCCCUUCUCCAUAAGGAAGCCGCUCUCACUACCGCAGCCGUUCUAAUCGACGUAACCGUUCUCCAUAUGGAAGCUGCUCUCGUUACCAUUGCCGCAGUCGGUCUCCAUACGGAAACCGCGCUAGUUACCGUAGCCGUUCUCCAUGCAGAAGCCGCUCUCGACACGACAGCUAUUCUCGUCACUUAAGUCGUUCCCCAUACCGUAGUCGUUCUCUAUACGGAAGCCCCUUUCUAUACGGUAACCGUUUUCCACACCGAAGAAGCAACUCUCGAUGCGAAAGGAGCCCUUCGUCAAGAAACAGAAAUAAUAAUGGCUUCGAGAAUAUUGUAUCUCUUUCACCAAAAGUGCACUCAGAAUCCCAAAAACGCCUCUCGCCGGAGAAAAAACAAAGUACCGACUGCGUUAUAGAAGAAUACAUCGCGGAACGUGAAUACUCCAGUUUAGAAGAAGUACAAAGCUACCUCACAGUGAGUAGUGGGGAAAUGGUUACGGAGAUUGUUUUCCAAGAUAUUAACAAAACAUUGUCUCCAACGAGCGGCAAUGUAACAGUGAAUGGUCGCCAUAAGUUUACUGAUCCCAUUAUUCCGCUGCCACUUCCGAUACUUACCGUAAACUGUUCAUCUCCGGAACUCGAAAAAUUUUUUGACAUCCAAGAUACGCCAUAUGAUUACGCCUUAAAAAUAAAAAUACAGUUUUAUUUUAUUUUA